AUGCGAGUUGGCGACAUGCCAUCCUCCCUCGCCUGUCUCGUCCUCACUGCUCUCCUCUCGAGACCGGUCAUUGCGGGGUUCCUACCAGACCUACUGCACAGUUUCGAAGACCUCCAAGAUGUUAGAAAGAGAUGCUCGAAUCCAUGCGGAUAUUACGGACAACUAUGCUGUGAAGCCGACGAAGUCUGCUACACUGAUUCCAAUAACCAAGCUCAGUGCGGCGCCGGGACAGCCGCCACCACCGCCGCAGGAGAAUGGCAAUACUACACCACAACCUACGUACAGACGGAUCUCAAGACCGUCACAGAGACUUUCAGUUCAUACAUUCCCGUCACCACACUCAGCUGCUCGUACUCGCUGGGCGAAACCCCUUGCGGCAACGUCUGCUGCCUCUCGGGACAGUUUUGUCAAGCAGCCGGGAUUUGCGCAGCCGUGGGCGGAGGCAGUUCGGGAUACUACAGCAGUCUCUACACCGUGACCACGGUCAUCACCAACACAGCCAGCGCCCCGAUACGACCGACCAGCAACACCCUCGUCACCGUCACGAGCAUUGGAGGCGCAACUACCACACAGCCCUUCGUGACGCCCGUGGGUACGGACGGAAGCAUCAUUGUGGGGACACAGACUGACUCUGGGGGCGGUCUCAGCGGCGGCGCAAUUGCCGGCAUCGUGAUCGGCGUCAUCGUCGGGAUCUUCCUGCUCCUCCUCUUCUGCGCCUGCUGCAUCUUUAAGGGCCUGAUCGACGGGCUGCUGGCGAUCUUUGGGCUCGGGCCAAGAAGAAGGCGCACAACGGAGGAGGAAGUCUACGUCGAAAGGCACUCCCACGGCGGCAGAGGCCGAAGAACCUGGUUCGGCACGAGGCCUGCAAGGUCCGAGGUGGUGGAAGAGAAGAGAAGGAGCGGCUGGGGCACGGCGGGCUGGAUGGCUGCCGGUGUAGGCGCUUUGGCGCUAUGGCUCGGGCUGAAGAGGAAGAACAGGCGCAGCGAUAAGAGCAGCUCGGUAUCCUACGACAGCUCCUACUACACGGAUUCCAGAUUCUCAACGAAAGUUCCUCCGAUCGAAGAACAAGGCGAAGUAGCCGAUCGCGGUCGAGACGAUGAUAGUCACGCUCGGACGUUGAAUGAUCGUCCGAUAAACAAUCUUAUCGUCCUUUCGUUAGCCGAGCAUAUGGAUGCAUGA